CCAGGUGUACUGAACUGAGCAAGAAGUAAACUGGUCUGGCUGACUCAUUCUUCUUCUUCAAAACUAUUCCAGCCAGACAUCCGGCUUGAAUAAAUUAUUAUAAUAAAGCUUCCCACGAUAAGGUUUAGACAAUAAGUCCGACUGAAGUAUAUUUCCACAGUUAGCGUUUCCUAAUUGUUCGAAAAAACGGAAAGAAUCUGUACUCCUAAAUAUUAACUUAACGUGUGAAACUACACAUGCAUACAUAUUAACUUGGUUAAUUUCUUGUUAAAAUUGUGAUACACAUUGAUUCGACAAGGGUUAAAACUCAAGGAUUUAGUAAUUAAGACUACUGUUUGUUGUUGAUUUCGUUGUAAUUAUUAUUACUUUGUGGAAUUGGGAUGCUCAACCAAUCGUAUGUGUGAUGAUAAUUUAUCAUUGAUAAAUGUUGUGAGUUACUAAAUUAACCAACCAAGAGGAAAAAAUAGAACUUAUGAGCAAAACGUGUUAAUUAAGAACAAGAUUAAGAAUAAGAGUUCAUGAGUCAUUUCCUAUUACGUAAAUGUUAAGUAGUAAAUAAGUUUGUUAAUUUAAAGUUUAAAUAUUUAGUAAGUCUCGAGCCCCAACUUCUCUAAUACAUGUGAGAAUCUAACUAGCUGUUUUGUGAUUAAGUAAUUAAUUUAACGAUUAAUUAGCAAUGCUCAAACCUACUUGAAUUGAAUGUCUUAAUUAAUCUAUCUAAAUGCCAAACUUGUUCGAAUACAUUUGUUCUUCUUCCAUUAACUUGGCCAUAAUUGGAAUCUGGUCCGGGUCACUGUUAGCAUUAUUGUUUAUCCAUUGUGUAAAACUUAAUAAUAAUCGAGCUUAUUAUUAUUUCGGGCUUGACGAUUCCUAUUGUGUCAUUUUGGACGAAAUUACUCAAUUCUUUACCCAAGACAAGAAACACUUUAAACUUGGGAGAGUCAAAUUUAAUACGGGAUUCUGAAUUAUAUAGAUAUUUAAAUGGUCAAAGUUAAUACGAGUGAAGAAAAGUGUUGUUGAUAAAUAAUUUUCAAUCAACCAGGAAGCAAACUUAUCAUCGUCGGAUUCGAAGUUCGUCGGUCUAUCACUGCCUUCAUGUCGUAACGUACUGUGCACACGUGACAGUUAACCAAUUGCCAUCAUCAUUGUCAUCUAGUUGCUUGCGAUCGAGCUUAAUUGGAACGAAAAAUUUUGGGUCAAGACUGAGGACGGGGGUUAAAUCGAUCGUCGCCUUUUAUAUAUACCAACCCACGCACGCCACACGCCAAUACUAAUAAAAACCAGGAAUAAGGACGGAUAUACUCGAGAGAGAGUUGGCUGCCAAGUCAGGACGGACUCUGACAAAACUUUUUGAAAAGCAGAUGUUGUUUUAUGAAACAGUUUAUGUUUAGAACAACAGUGAAGAAGAAGAGUGAGUCGUGGGGCACGCCUGCUGGCUCCUGUUCAAUGUCGUCGAUUUCGAGAUACUCUGAGAUUCCGAGGGAGUCAUCGUCAUCCUCGUCUUCUCAAUGCCAAAUCAGUCGGAGUCUCAGAAAAAUGUCCUGUUUCGACACACGCGACACGACUGAUCGCCCCCGGUUCAAGUCCACGUUUAGUACCAAUUCUCUACCUCGUCCCGGCAGGAUGAGUUCUGCGGUGGUGGAUGUUAUUCGAAUCCCGUACGACGAUAUCGCCGCACAAUUUACCCUUAUUGAUUUUGACCUCUUUAAGAAAUUAGAGUUGGAAGAACUUACGAGUUGUGGGUGGAUUAAGAAGACGAAGAAUGAGGUGGCUCCAAACAUUGUGGCGUACACGAGGAGAUUUAAUCAUGUCAGUUAUUGGGUAAUUGAAGAAAUUCUUAAUCAAGAAUUAUCCAAGAUAAGGGCAGAGAUAAUUUCAUACUUUACCCGAGUUUGUAAACGGUUGUACGAAUUGAAUAAUUUGCAUUCCCUUUUCGCCAUCAUUUCUGCACUGAGAAGCGCGUCCAUUUAUAGGCUGAAAAGUACGUGGAAUCUUGUUCCAAAACGAGACAGACAAAGUAUUGAUAAAUACGCUGAAAUUUUCUCGGAUAAGGAUAACUGGGCCAAGUAUAGAGAACAUUUGGACUCGUUACGAUUCCCUUGCGUCCCAUAUAUUGGCGUUUACUUAACUGACCUCGUUUACCUCAGCAUGGCAAACCCAUCCUGCUCUCUUAACGAUAACCCGGCAGCGAAUAACAUUUUCAGAAUAAUUACAACCUACCAAACUGAAUCGACUUAUGCCAACCUACCAAAAGACUACCUACUGCAGUGUAAACUCCGUUCUAUUCGGUACAUUGACGAGUUGCUAAAAUUUGUGGAGGACGACCAUUACAAGAAAUCACUCAAAUUGGAACCUCCGGCGGAACAGUCACCCGAAAAAUUUAUUGCCGGCCACAAAAAGCAAAAUAGUUGGGGAAAUAGACCGAAAUUCAUUACCCAACAAACCCCCAACACUACUACAACCACGACGACUGGGAAAGACGCAAGUUCGGAAAGUACACGGAAUCUCAUUGACGACUCUCUAUUAGAAAAAAGUGAAACCAACUCCGCCUCAUUUCCAAAUCAAAUUGUUACAAUUCCAAAAGUUGAAGUUUUGGGAAACGAUAUUAUCUUGGAAGGUUGUUUACGAAGGAAAAUGUUACUCAAGAAUGGGAAGAAACCAUUGUUAGGAAAUGGAGCGUGGCAACGUUAUUGGGUCCAACUUUGGGGAUCAGUAUUGCUCUACUACACGGCCAAAUCAUUGACAGGGUCUGACCGUUCCGAUUUUAAAUUGGAGCCAUCCAAAAUGAAAUCAAUCCUAGGUUGGCUUAUCCAAAUAGCAGAGGAUCCCCUUCAUCCAGACUCAUUUCAUUUGGCUGACCCAGAUUCGGGAACCAUGUACAAAUUUCGGGCUGGAAGUGCUCCCCGAGCCCUCGUUUGGUGUCGGACAUUGCAAGAAUGUCAAAAGAAACGGGGAAAGCCUUCCAAUCUCAUAAAAUUUGAUUAAACACUCGACAUUUAAAAAGACGUUGAAUCUCUGGCACCUAAUACAAUUUAUAAUAUUCAACAAGAAUCUGAUCUGAUUGAUAUUAAUUUUUUACAAGGAAAAAACAGCCAGGAAAAAAUUACGACGAUGAGUUUUUUUUUCAAUGUAAUUAUUUAUGUGUUCACAAUCAUCAGCAAUUUUAUACAAAUUAUUACAAACAAAUGUAUAGCAAAAGUAAGCAAGCAAUUAAGUCAAGUAAAUAAGCCACCUUAAAAAACUCACUCAGAAAAGGUUUUGUACAAAUUUAAAAAUGAUCUUUUUUUCGCUAUAGAGCUAUUUUUCUUAGUCAUUUAUAAUAAUUUGUAAAAUAAGUAGCGACAAGAGCACCACGCCAUAGCAGCUACAUAAAUAGAGCAGUAUCGCAUAGACUAUUAUUUGAGAAAGAUUGGAUGAUAAAAUGUAAUAAAUUACAAUGCAGAGAUGAAUAAAUCUAAAAUCAAAUCCCACAACAAA